AUGACAGUAGUGGUCGGUACGAAUAAUUUAUCAAAAGGCGGCGACGUCUACAAGUCAAACUACACGAUAGCUCAUAAAAACUACACGGGAGAAUUUGUCGAUGACAUUGCGCUGGUGAAAAUAGUCGGGAAAUUUAAUUUCACAAAGAAAGUCCAGCCGAUUUUGCUGCCGAUCAAGAAUGACUUGACCAAAGAGUAUCCGGCGAAGCUUUCUGGCUGGGGAGCGACUUCACUUGGAGGAUAUUUGCCGGACAAGCUCCAGGAAAUAAAUCUCACGGUCAUCACCCAAGUUCGCUGCAAGAGCUUCCAUUCCUCUAUCACUGGGGGACACAUUUGCACUCUAACCAAGAAGGGAGAAGGUGCUUGCCAUGGUGACUCUGGUGGGCCAUUGACUGCCAACCGGACUCUCAUUGGACUCGUUUCCUUCGGACGACCCUGCGCCGUAGGGUAUCCUGACGUUUAUACCAGAGUUUUCCAUUACCGCGGCUGGAUCAAGAAGACAAUAGCUAGCGUUGAUAAGACAGAUGAUGAUUACUCUGAUUAUUAA